GCCCGCCUGGCGAGGGCUCGCGGCAUGGGGCGUCUGCAGCUCUUCGAGGUCCGCCUGAGCCACGGUCGUGUCGUCUACGGUCCGGGGGAGGCGCUGGCUGGAGCCGUUUGCGUGCGCUUGGGCGCGCCGCUGCCGUUUCGAGCCAUCCGGGUGACCUGCACAGGGUCCUGCGGGGUCUCCAACAAAGUCCACGAUGCCACGUGGGCAGUGGAGGAGGGCUACUUCAACAGCUCCCUGUCGCUGGCGGACAAGGGGAGCCUGCCUGCUGGUGAGCACACCUUCCCCUUCCAGUUCCUGCUUCCUGCCACAGCACCCACGUCCUUCGAGGGACCUUUCGGGAAGAUUGCAUACCAGGUGCGGGCCACCAUUGACACACCGCGCUUCUCCAAGGACCACACGUGCAGCCGUGUGUUCUACAUCCUCAGCCCACUGAACCUGAACAGCAUCCCCGACAUCGAGAAACCCAACAUAGCCUCGGCCACCAAGAAGUUCUCCUACAAGCUCCUGAAGACGGGGGGCGUAGCCCUCAUGGCCAGCACUGACCUUCGCGGCUACGUGGUGGGCCAGGUGCUGCGACUGCAGGUUGACAUUGAGAACCAGUCUGGCAAGGACACCGGCCCUGUGGUGGCCAGCCUGCUGCAGAAAGUGUCCUACAAGGCCAGGCGCUGGAUCUAUGACGUGCGGACUGUUGUGGAGGUGGAGGGUGCUGGAGCCAAGGCCUGGAGGCGCGCAGAGUGGCAGCAGCAGAUCCUGGUGCCACCGCUGCCCCAGUCGGCUCUCCCGGGCUGCAGCCUCAUCCACGUGGACUACUACAUGCAGGUCUCCCUGAAGGCCCCAGAGGCCACUGUGACCCUUCCGGUCUUCAUUGGUAACAUCGCUUUGAACCACGCCCCGCUGAGCCUCCUGCCGGGCCCAGGGUCACCACAGUCCCAGGUGGUGCCCUCAGCACCGCCCCAGGACGAAGUGGAGGCAGCAGGCGUGCCCCACUUCAUGGACCCCACGGUCGUCCUAUCAACCAAGAGCCACUCCCCACCGGGCCCCUUUAGCUCCCCGCCUGACGCCCUGGAACACUGCGCUCAGGACCACAGCUGCGUGCCCCACUCUCUGCCCCCUCCCUUGUGCAUCUCCAGGGAUGCCACAGUCCCCUACUUCACGGAUGGCUCCGGAGGGUCGGCGCCUGCCACCGGCAGCCUGAUCCUGCCCCCGGAGUACAGCUCUUGGGGCUACCCGCAUGAGGCUCCGCCAUCCUACGAGCAGAGCUGCAGCCCCCGGAGCUGA